AUGACGGAAGAAGAACUGAAGUUUAUAACAGAAGGAAUGCUGGAGAUUAAUGCGCCUACCCCGCAAACCAAGCUGAUACGCACACUUGAAGGUGCGAUCUGGGAUGUGGUGGUAGACAUCCGCCCGGGAAGCGCCACUUAUGGCCAAUGGUUUGGCGUAGAGCUGAGUGCUGAAAAUAAAAGACAGUUCCUGGUGCCACGUGGUUUUGCCCAUGGUUAUUCGGUAUUGACGGAGACUGCCGAGAUCAUGUACAAAUGUGAUAACCUCUACGAUAAAAGCACAGAAGGUGGUAUUGCCUACAAUGACCCCUCCUUAAAUAUCGACUGGAAGAUUGACCUGAGCAAGGCCAUUGUUUCGGAUAAAGAUAUGAUGAGAAAAAUUGUUACUACUGGUUUGUUGCUCAUCGCAGCAAAUAGUGUUAUGGCACAGCCAAAGAAUGUCAUCAUGUACAUUGGGGAUGGAUUUGGUACUUCGGCAAAAACGGCCGCCCGUAUGGCUAUGGGACAAGGCACCCAGGGCAAGCGCUUUACCAGCGAUGCGGGAUUCCAUAUCCUGUCUCUUGACCGGUUGAAAUAUGCAGGAUCGGCCACCACCCACUCUGCUAACUCCUGGAUCACUGACUCCGGACCAGGCGCAAGUGUGUAUGCAGCCGGCCGCGAUGGUAAGAUCGACAACGAAGCGAUCUCUUUUAAUGUUGCUACCGGCACUCCUGUGGAAACAAUUCUGGAGAAAGCUAAGAAAGCCGGUUAUGCAGUAGGCAUCGUCACCUCCACAAGGGUUACCCAUGCUACACCUGCCGCCUUUGCCAGCCAUAUCUGGUUUCGUGACCUGGAAGAUUAUAUAGCAGCUCAAUACAUUUCCAGCACCGUUGCCCAAUACCAGGCAAUCUAUAAUGAUCCUAAUUCCAAACUGGGUGGCUACAACGCCGCCAGAGACUGGACUUUACCUGCGCCCAAAGUGGAUGUUGAAGUAGAUGUUAUAUUGGGUGGCGGCUCCCGUCACUUCCUGCCCAGGAUAAAAACGGGCAACCGAUCAGAGAUCUUAACAAUGCCAUUGUGGUGCAGCAAGGCAGGCGUACGGAUAGCGUAA